CCCAAUAGUGCUCAUUUUGUUCCAUAAAGAUGAAGUAGGGACAGUUAGCGGAUCCCUUGUAUUACUAUUAUAUACUGUCUCUAUAUAUACCACAUUCAGCCCUACGAAAGCUCUACGUUGCUGUAUGUUUGACGUGACACGAUGACCCCUAACAUGCCAUCGAGCUUUCAUUUCAACACAAGUGAAGGAUUCACCCAUCAGACAAUUUCGGCCAUCAAGUUGACCUCAGCCGCGUUUUUGCUGGUCACCUUCGUGUUCGGAUUGGUCAUGAACACUUUAUACCUCUGGGUUCUCACCUUCAGGACUAGAAGAAGUGUAAACUCCACCUGGUUUUUCCAUCUUAUUUUGGGCAAUCUCCUUUUUACCCUUUCCAUUCCUUUUUUCACCGCUUAUGUUAUUAUGAAGCCACGGUGGAUAUUUGGACUGUAUAUGUGCAAAAUUAUUAACUCUGUCAUUUCCCUAGACAUGUAUGUGACCGUAUUUAUUCUCAUAGUGAUCAGCAUUGACCGCUACUGCUUGGUCUUUCACCCGAUCUGGUACAGGAGAUACAUGAACCCAAAAAUUGCUACGGUAAUCUGCCUCCUUUUGUGGUUUUUGGCUCUUUUGUUGACCUCUCCUUACUUUUUAUUUCGGCAAGUGAAAUAUGAGAAUAAUGUUACCAUCUGUGAAAAUGACUAUACUCUCUCAGGACGGUGGAAUAGGCAGCGUGUAAAGUGGAUUAUGUUCACCACCCGCUUGUUUUUGGGUUUGAUCAUUCCUUUUGCAGUCAUUACGUCAUGUUAUCUGAAAAUCAUCAUCAAGAUAAGCAAAGACAAUAUGGCGAGGUCUAACAAACCCUACAGGGUAAUCUGCAUUGCCAUAAUAUCGUUUUUCGUCUCAUGGACACCUUACCACAUGUGGUACGGGAUGAGUUCUGACCAAGACCGGUUCCCCGAAAGUCUCCUCAAUGUACUACAAAUGCUUACAAAUUGUUUCGCUUGCUUAAAUAGUUGUUUCACUCCAGUACUUUAUCUGUUCACUGUAGAGAACUUUAAAACGAUGUUCAGAAGGUCUCUUCUGGAUUUCAUUGAGUUGGUCUUCAACGAAACCAUUAGCUCAGCCAACCGGAGUAUUGACGAAAAAAGAGAACAACAGUCCUUAUCAAAGGAGGAGAAGACUUAAGAUGAUAAUGUAUGGCGGUAUUAUUUGAUCACCAGUGGACACUUUUUUUUUUAACAGUUUUUUUUUAUGUGGGCACUAUGUGGGUGUAUAUAUUUAUGUAUUAUUAUGUAAUAUUAUUAUUUGGUAUUGCUUGUGAAAACUCAGUCUUUCAUAUGUAUUCACACCAUUUCAUGCUUUCUUUUCCUCUUCGCUACUUGUAAUAUAUUUAUAUUUUUUUAUUUUGAACUUUCUGCAUUUGUAUCAUGUUUUAUUGCCUUUUUAUUUACCCUAUGGCUUAAAGGGGUUAUCCAGCAUUUUCCUAUAUAUUUCAUACUGUUGAUAUCGGGGGAAAAAUAGAGAGAAAAAACCUAUACUUACCUAGCGCCGGUUCCCCUCUGAUCUUCUUUCCCCUCCCUGCUUCCAAGACAAGCGCAAAUUACAGGACCUGCCCCUUCAGCCAAUCACUUGCUAAGAAGAGAAACUGUUUCGGACAGUGAUUGGCUGAGCCCAGCAGGUCCUGCACUGAGCACUCGUCUCAAUAGCAAGAAGAAUACGGGAGGUCGGGACCAGUCUGCGCUGCAGGGACCAGUGGGUAAGUAACUAUAGUUUUUUCUUUUUUUUUUUUUUUUCCUGGCCCCAGCAGAAACCCCUUUAAAGGGAUAGACCACCUGAUCUGAGAGGAAUGUGUUUGUGUCUAUCUUCCAACUAUAAAUGCUGCAACUUCUUUUCAGCUCUGGGGACAAUGAGACUGGUGGAAAUAUGAACAAGCUUGUUAGAAGAGCGUAUGCAAAGGCAGAAUUUUGGAAGCUCAUGUAGGAGACGCAUUGGGUUAUAGUAGCAAUUUAAGGCUGUGUUCACAUGUUGCAGUUUACAUGUUCACUGUGAUUAUGCAAUACCAUGACAAAGUAGGCUCUUUUACUUUCUCCCAUUACAGCUCCACCAUUCCCCAUAGGCUUAGUCUGGUAUUGCACCUUAGCCUUGUUCAAGUAUUUACCAGGCAUAAGCUAUUUUUCUAAUCUUAUAUCACUUCUGUAGCUGGAAGCUGUUUUUUAUAUUCACAGAGAGGAAAUGUGUCUAUUUUGAAUGUCUUGUAUAUAGAAAUGCCGCAGGAUUGCACAUGUUUGUGAAAAGAAGAAGUA